GCGCCAUCUGGUGUCGUGGAGCCAAGCAAGCGGUGGCGGGCAGGUGGCUAGAUGUCUGAUCGGGCUAGAUUCCCUUACCGAGGUGGCCUGCCUCGUACAGUGAUUGACCCACAUUUAUAUGGACCUCGACAACGGCCACUGCCAGAAUUUGAAGCAGAGAUAGCACGAGGGAGAGCGUUUCCCAGUGUGAGACCUCUGAGGCCUGAGUUAUCGGGAGAUGAUGUACGGCAACCCACACAACCUGUAGUGUAUCCUACACUGACUUACCAGUCACUGGGCCGUUCAGGUGAACUGCUGCGUGGUCUUGCCUCACUGCCACAGUUUGGAGCUUAUGGCCGAGGAGAUCACCUCAGCAGGAGGACCUCUGUUCCAGUCGUAGGCAGAGGGAUCUUAAGUAGAGGAAUAUCCAGUGACCUAUUAGGAGGAUUUAAACGUGAAGUAGAACAAGCAACUGGGGAUGCCUUUCCAUCGGGAGCAACACCACAUUGGAGCUAUGAACAAGUUGGUUUCAGAGGUAGAGGCAUGGUUCCUGAGCCAUCCCUGUGCAACGUUGAGGAGCUUGCAUCUCACGUGAAGAGCUUGGAGAUCGGGCAAGGCUUGCUGGGGAGGAGCAGACUCCUCCCUUCCUCAGCUGUGCUUUCAUCAGGGGACCAACGAUUCUCUCGCAGUCAGGAUGUUGCUGGAACAGUGGGAAAAGAAACCCGUGGGGAGCCAGUUGUGAAGAAGGGGUCAUCUGGAACAGCCAUACCUCUGGCAGCAAACUAUGUCAAAAUAUACUGCAGAAAUGAAGCUGUGUAUCAAUACCAUGUCACCUUCAGCCCUGAUGUAGAAUGUCGGAAUAUUCGCUUUGGAAUGUUGAGGGAGCACCGGCAAGUUACUGGCCUGGUCACUGCUUUUGAUGGAACCAUACUUUACCUGCCUGUGAAACUCCCUGAGGUGAUCAACCUCAAAUCACAAAGAAAAACAGAUGGGGCAGAGGUGAACAUUCAAAUCCAAAUGACCAAGGUCCUGCAGCCGAACUCUGACCUCUGCAUUCCCUACUACAAUGUGGUGUUCAGAAGAGCAAUGAGAAUUCUGGAAUUAAAGUUAAUUGGAAGAAAUUUCUAUGACCCAACAAAUGCUAAUUUUCUCCCUCAGUACAGGCUGCAGAUAUGGCCUGGAUACUCAGCCAGCAUUCGUCGGACAGAUGUGGGAUUGAUGUUACUGGUCGAUCUAUCCCAUAAAGUAAUCCGGAAUGACUCUGUUAUUGAUGUUUUGCAAGUUAUAUACCAGAAAAGCAGCGAGAACUUCCAGGAUGAUUGUACGAAACAGCUGGUGGGCAGCGUCAUCAUGACCAAAUAUAACAAUCGCACCUACCGUAUCGAUGACAUUGACUGGGAUAAGGCUCCGACGAGCUCCUUCCGCAUGGCUGAUGGGAAAAGCAUUACCUUCUGUGAAUAUUACAGCAAAACCUAUGGGAUUAGCAUCCAGGAUCUGAACCAGCCUCUCCUCGUACAUCGACCGAAGCAGAGACAAGGACCACAGGGACAGUUAAUCCAGAAUGAAAUUCUCCUUGUGCCUGAGCUGUCCUACAUGACUGGUAUACCUGAACAAAUGAAGAAGGAUUUCCGUGCAAUGAGGGACAUGGCUGCACAGGUUAAUCUGAGUCCUGAACAGCACCAGCUGGCUUUGAGAAAACUCCUGAACAACAUCAAGAAAAAUGCCAGUGCCCGGGAGGAGCUGGCCCUCUGGGGUCUCGUCAUUGAUGAUGAUAUUUAUACGACUGAGGCAAGAGUGUUACCUCCUGAGAAGAUCAUCCUUCGACACAAGUCAUUUCCUAGUGGGCCUGAUGUCAACUGGUCAAGAGAGGUUGCCCGGGAGAAAGUAAUCUCUGCGGCUUCAAUGCAUUGCUGGGCUCUCUUUUUCCCAAAGCAAAGUGUCACACAUGCCAAGGACCUGGUCAGCUUGAUGUCAAAUGUGGCAGAGCCCAUCGGAAUGACCUUCCUGCAGCCUGCAUACGUCGAGCUGAAGGAUGACCGGACCCAGACGUAUAUCCGAACACUUCAGUCACACCUGGAGAGCAAUAGUUCAGUUAAGAUUGUGGUGUGUAUUGUGACUGGUAACCGUGAUGACCUUUACCACGCCAUUAAGAAAUUGUGUUGUGUACAAUCUCCAGUAUCUUCACAGGUGAUUAAUGUGAAGACUAUCUCUCAGACCGCACGAAUGCGAAGCAUCUGUCAAAAGAUCCUACUGCAGAUUAAUUGUAAACUGGGUGGAGAGCUGUGGGGUGUGGACGUACCAUUGAAGCAGCUGAUGGUGAUAGGAGUUGAUGUGUACCAUGAUCCUGUGAGGGGGAAGCAGUCUGUUGUUGGAUUUGUUGCCAGCUUAAAUAAGGCAAUGACCAAGUGGUUUUCGAGGGUGGUGUUUCAGAUGCCCAAACAGGAAAUCAUCGAUGGCUUAAAGAUCUGUAUGGUGGCAUCCUUGAAGAAGUAUUAUGAGAUAAACCACUGCCUGCCGGAUAAGAUUGCUGUGUACCGGGACGGAGUAUCCGAUGGCUUGUUAAGCACGGUGACAGAUUACGAGAUUCCGCAGUUCCUGAAGUGCUUUGAGGUGUUCAGUGACUACCACCCCAAGAUGAUGGUGAUCGUGGUACAGAAGAGGAUUGGCACCAACUUGUAUGCAAAAACCGAGUCAGGGAGAUUGGAGGUUCCACCUCCCGGUACUGUGCUCGAUCACACUAUCACUAGCAAGGAAUGGACUGAAUUCUUCCUGCUGGCACACACUGUUCGAUGGGGUUGUGGGAUGCCCACGCGUUAUAUCUGUGUAUUCAACACUCUGAACCUCAACCCUGACCACAUUCAGAGGCUCACCUUCAAGCUGUGCCACCUGUACUGGAACUGGUCGGGCACGAUCCGUGUGCCAGCGCCCUGCAAGUACGCUCAUAAGCUGGCCUUCCUGUGCGGCCAGUCCCUGCACCAGGAGCCAUCUGCCCUGCUCUCUGAGCUACUAUUUUACCUGUGAAGCCAUCAGACAAUACUUGAUGCAAACAGGAAACCUCUGGGACAGUGGCCCAUCGCAGGGAGCAAUGGGGAUGGGACCCCUGCUCAGGGUGGAAAGGGGAUUAUUUUCUGCCCCAAACCUUGUUUUGCUUAUUUUGGCUGCAGAAGUAAUUUUGAUUUGAAGCGAUUUUUGUGUCCUGAGUAACACAUGGUUGGAAGGAAAUGAUGGAACGAGCUAAUGAGGAAACAAACACAAUGGCUGGUCUGAAUCUGCCUGUUUACUCAGGAUAAGUGUUGGCAGUUAAAAUGGGUGCUCCCAAGCAACGGGCUGGACUUUAAAGCUCAAAAGUGUGGCUCAGGCAGAAGUUGCCAUGUUCUUCAAAUAUGCCAAAACUCUGAUUUAUUCGGAAGGACAGGCGCAAGGUUCUGCUGCAGAAGAGGCGGAAACCACAGUGAGUGCCCAGUUUAUCCUGAGAAAUUUUCCACUUUGAACUACCUUCAGUUUCUGAACCGAUUCCUCUGACUGCAGCCUCCAGGACCCCCCACAUCUUCACCUUGUUAGACAGGAUAUAAAUUGAGUCCCACAAGACCAAGGAGCAUAUCAAUGACAUUUGACUGUUCAGGCUUUCAAGCCUGUUGGGCUGUUUAAUUAGAUUGUGCCUUAUCUAUAUCUUUAUUCUCCACCCAUCUUGGUUCCAUAAUUCCUCAACUCCUUGUCUAACAAAUCUGUCAAUCUCUGGUUUUGAAAUUUUUAACUGACCUCCCUGGCACUAUUUUGAGGGGAGGAGGGAGUGCAGGGGAUGGGGGACUCCAGCAUUUAGUUUACCCAGAGCAGCAUCAAGAGUGUGAUGUGAUCUCACAGAGCAGUGAACAAGCUCAUUGGCUGUACGCACUCCUAGCCCCCCUCCCAGCCUGACCUGCGGGAGGUAAGAAUGAGUUAAUUCUGGAUGUAAGAAUGGCUUAACACUAGUUUAGCUGAGUGUUUCAUUUUCAGUUGUGACUGCUCAAUCCACCCCACCACUGCCUCCAUACCUUGAUCAGGUUGAGAUCAGCAUUGGGACUUGGAGUAUUGGCCACUUUUAUUCCUGUCUGUUCUGCAUAGAUCAGAAAGUACCAAUGUGUCUCAUACUUCACUCUCAAACUCUCCAUUCCUCAAAAUGCCUCACUGCACUCACUGAUGCUCAAUUCGGUCCAGGCUUUUAAGUUUUCUGUUGCAUAUUUGUAGCAUUCAUUUACUCUGUUCCCGGCAAGUAUUGUGCACGCUUUCCAAGCUGAAUGGUCUGGAGACAAACGUCUGGAAUGGAAACAGAAACCAGUCACUAUGUUCGAGUCUGGCAAUGUCUGCAGAGAGAAACAGUUAAUAUUUCAGGACAGUCUUUGCCUUUACAUCUGCUACCUGUUUAGCUGAGUGUUUCUGCAGUAAGAUGCAAGAAAGAACCCACUCGUCCAUCGACUAGAUCCCACACAACUAUGAUGUACUCUCAUUGAGACUCUGGGCAUUCAUUGGUCUUCUGACCUCAGGAAGAGGCAGAAAACAAAUUCAGACCAUUUGAGGAGGGAUGAGAAAUGCAAAAUUCCUCUUCAGUACUCCUAGUCCAGAGGUCUCCCUAACCCUUGUAUCAUACCCACCCCUAUCAGAACCAGGGUCAGCUCUCACUCAGGAACUUCUGUGGAUUGGAGUCAGCCUGAUCCACACAUCCAAAAUCCUCAGAAGUGAGGAAAAUUAAUAAGUCGCAGAAACAGUUUACAGGGGAUGUUUGCUGGAAUCUGAUCCACAUAAAAUAAAGGAUUUUCCAGUUCUUAAAUGUCCUAUUCCUAUAUUAGUGAAGGCCAAUUUGACUUCCACCAACAGGAAAAAAUAUUUUCCCUCUUAGCGACUCUAAUCUCACCACAGUAUUAAAUAUUGUCCUGCAUUUGCUGCUCAAGAACUCUCAUUUCCUCAUUGCCAACCUGUGUCCAUCCAAUCGCAAAUCCUCCUCCUCCUGAAGUAGUUGAGAGCAAAGUGACUGUAACCAAGCUCAAAUGGAUAAAAGAAACAUCUUAGCACUUUGCUGACCCCACUAAAAUGUUUCUGCCUUACUGGAACUGUUGGUUUACAGUUGUGACUGCUUUCCCAUGGUGCUGCUGCUUUGUUCAGUAUUUAUCCUAAGUUAAUUUCAUUUCUGAAGCAAAUUUCAAAAAAAAUUGCAAAAUUUUCAUUUGAAAGUUUAAUCCUGUAAAUGCCUCACUUGCAAACCUGAGCCCAGAUGGUUGCUGAUGUGUUAAUAAGCUGUGGCAUGAUUGUGUUGUGUAAUAUAUGGGUGUGAGCAUUGUGCAGCUAACUGUCCAGUGUCCUUGGCUAGGGGUUACUUCAAUCAAAUGUCCUCCCUUAUUCAGAUAGUUUAUAUAAGACUUUUCUUCACCCCCCCCCCCCCCCACAGCUUCUGUGGCAAGGCCAGCAUUUAAUGCCCAUCCCUAGUUGCCACCUUAAACCACUGCAGUCCUUCUAGUGAAGGUGUUCCCAUAGUGCUGUUGGAUUUAGACCCAGCAGUAAAGAUGUACCUUGUGUUGUGCAUUACCUGAUCUGUGUUUGGGACAGCGCGUGGUUCCUGAAUGGUCCAGGAAGAGUGAGAUUUCACUGAGUGCUUUGUAAUAAUGCAAAGAUGCAGUCAGUAACCCUGAAGUGUAAACACCCAAACUUUGUCAUUCUCCUCCCACUACAUUGCUACCAUUUAAUUAAACACCGCCUCCAGGUUUUUAGAUUGCAACUGCAUUGCAGGUAGUGUCAAUGCAAAGCAUUUUAAAGUACAGGUCUUUCCCACAUUACGGCAGGGCUCCAUUCUUGUGAGCUGUUGGUAACCGGAACAAUUCACAAGUCAGAAAUGUGGUUAUGAACAGAGUUCCCACACAGCAGAAGAUGCCUGUAACCCAUAAAUCCAUCCCACUGGUCUCCCAAAUGCUCAUGCUUGUGUACAGGCUGUACAUAAGUUGGGUGUUUGUAAGCUGGGGAGGACCUGUGUGCAGUUGUAGUGUGGUUGGAAUAGAGAUUAAUCCACCUACUGUAUGUCAUGCUGGCCCACCCCUGGAUAUUGGGCAGAGAUUAUACCACAGAAUGCUUCCUAUCAGCUGAUGCUCUCUGGCUCUCCUUGUUUAUCCUUGCCAUACUUAAUGCCAAAGAAUCUGGGCGAAGAAUUAGGAAUCCUCUGAGGGAAAACCAAAUUCUCACCAACAAGUUUAUGCCAGAAUAGAAAAACUGGAAGCUCCCCUGGUCACAAUUACCCAGCCAUUCCCGUCGUCUGAGGAACUUGCAGCAGAAUCGGACAGAUCCCAGCAGCUGCUUACAACCUUCCUGCUCCAGACCUCGCUGGGAAAUGUGGCUGGAUCUGAGGAUCUACCUUGGUCUUGUCCCAGACUGCGAACUCUGCAAUUAAAGAUUGUUUCAACUCCAGGAAGGCCAUCUGGGAGCCAACUUAUCUGGGAAGCAAGCUAAAAGGAAACUAGGCUCUGCACCCACAGAAAACCCAGGGAAUUGUCUUCAUGCCUGAUCAGGGGCAGCCUGGUGGUGCAGAGCUUCACAAUGACCCAGCCAGGUCAGUGGCUGGACAUUAAGAGUUGUACAGCAUGGAAACUGCCCCUUCAGUCCACUGAGUCUGCCAAGACUAAGCAUCCAUUUACAUUAAUUCUGUUUUACUCUGCAUGUUGCCAUCAGUUUCCCCCAGAUUCUACCACUCCCUACUUACCAGGGGCAGGUUACAAUGGCCAAUUAAUCUAUUGACACACAUCUUUUGGGAGGAAACCAGUCACUGGGAGAAUGUGCAAACUCCACACAGACAUCACUGGAGGUCAGGAGUGAACCUUGGUGGCUGGUGCUGCCGGGCAGUAACUCUGCCAGUGGUAGAGCUAUUGCUUAAAUAAGAACAAACAAAAUGGGAGCAGUUAAUUCAUCCCCACAAGCCCUCUGUUUGUACUACUUUAUCUGAUUCUUGGGCUCUGCUCCACUCUCUGCCUGUUUCCUUUGACUUUCAGUUAAUAAUCUACCUCUGAUAUGGAUACUCUUGAGGACUGGACACCCAUUGUUAUCCAGAGCAAAGAAUUUCAUAUAUUUAGAAGCUGCUGAAUAAAGAAAUUUCUCAGCUUAGUCCCAAGUGGCCAGACAUCCUGAGACAAUGUUUCGGACCUGUAACCUCUUGCGUCGGGGAAGCUGCUCAGCAUCUACUGUUGUCCCUUAAGUCUAUUCCAUCUUUCAAUGAGACCACAUUAUCAUACAUUUAAACAAGAGAUUGUUGGGCUAUUUUACUAAAAUCUCAAUUUCUGGGCUAAGGGGAUUGUACUUCACAGAACAAUCCCCUCAGCCCAGAAAUUGACCUAGCAAAUUUUCGUUGCACCCCUAAGGCAUUUGUACCUUCCAUUAGAUAAGGAGACCAGAAAUGUAUGGAAGGCUCCAGGUGUGGCCUUUAAGCCCUGUACAGUAAUAGCAAGAUUUCCUAACUCGUCUUCAGUCGAGAGGACUGGAGUACAAAGACCACCACACAACUUUACUUCCUAUUUUCUAGCUGUACUUGUAUGUUCACUUUGUUCACAGGGAACCUUCUGACAUUUCACCUUUUUUAAAAAAAAAGACUUUAAACAGUUCCAACCUAAAAAGGACCCAUGUAUUCUGACUGUUUUCUGUCCAUUGAACCAUGUCCCCAGUCUAUUGAUCCCAAAUUUGGUGCAAUCUAAUUUUGUAUCUCUGCACUUUUAUACCUUCUGAAAAUCUGCUUUUCCCAUAACUAAUUACAUUUCAAAAAGCCUUUAAUGUUUUCAAACAUUAUUUGCCCUUCAACUAUACUAGUCCUACCCAAGCAGGUUUUGAUUUUCAAAAUGUUAUCACAUUAUCAAUAGCAGAUUCAAGCAUGUUCCCCCACUGCUGCAUAAACUGGCCCCUGGCACUACCUUCUCUCCUUUCUCUCUCUCCCCUCUAGCUUGUGACCAACACUAUUGAUAUUUUGGAGACAGGGGGGCUGUUGCUCACCCAGCAGUCUUCUACCCCUUGUUAUCUAGCUUGAAUUUCACCCAUACUAAUUUGAUUUUCUGAGCUAGAUCUUUUCUCCCUUUUUAUGGUUAUAGCUCCCCCACAUCCAGUGACUCUCAUCCCCCUGAUGGCUCCCAAUGUCUGCUGAACUCUAGUACAACUCAAGUUGGUGUUCCUUUAACUUGCUGGGCUUACAGUGGCUUGAACUGGUGAUUUCCUCGGUCUCUUCUAUGGCAUCUCAGUCUAACCUUGUUUUGAUAUCUAAUUAACUAAAAUUUGGUUAAUUAAUUUACUAGUUUUAAACCAAUUGAUUUAACUAGUUUAAAUUACUGAUUUAAUUACAAAAUAGUUGUAUGUUCCUAGUUUACACCACUUUAUAUUUUUAGUGGAUUGUGUUUAGUUUGAUUUGUUUUUUGAUGCUCCAACUGCUUAAAUACUGUGGUAAGUGCUGCAUUCUUGCACACGAGGAAGUUCCUCUUUUCCCUUUCUGUCAAUACACGUGGCAUUGUUCAAUGUUUAGAAGGGUUUGCCUACCAAUUCCUUCAGCAUCUAAACCUUAACUUUGCUGUACAAUUGACAUCAAUUUUAAGUUGGAAAGAUCAUCACAGGUCAGCUUGCGUUUACCUAUCAGCUGGAAUUGCACACUGCAUCAGGCUAUUCAGCCCAUCGUAUGCUUGCAGACUCUUCUGAGAAAGUUAUUCAGUUCUAUUCUUUCCAGCCAUGCAACUGGUUCUGUUUUGGAUUGAUUUAUCUAAUUCCCCUUUGAAAGUUACUGUUGAAUCUGUUUCCACCAUCCUUUCAGAGAGCGAGUUUGAGGAAAAAUAAAUUUGUUGCAUAAAUAAAAUAUUGUUCCUCUUCUCCUGGCAGUUUUUUUGCCAUUAGAUUUAAACCUAUUCUUCAUCAAUUCCAUAGAAUUGAGGUAAGUCGCUGACUGUUUCAGACAGAGCCUUGUGAAAGGCUUACUCUCUGGGAACUACUGCCAUCAGCAGGCUGACUGUGUUGUGCUAUUCAGCAGAUUGCUUUAGGUCUGCUACUGUCAUUCCCUGUGACCAUUUCCAUCUUGUGUCACAAGUUGAUCACUGGUGUUUUGGUUCUGGAGCUGGAGUCCAGCUGUGUGAAGUCUUCCUGUGACUUGUCCAUGGGCUCCAUGACAGGAGCAGCUUGAGGGUAAUACCUUGUGUGUUGCAGGAGUAACUGCUUUAGGAUAUUCUUUAUGGUGGAAGAGCAGAGAACCUUUCUCUCUCUUCCUCAAAGCUUGGUGCCCAAGCUAACUAGUAACUGAUCUGCAGAUAAACUGCUCUUGUUAAAGGUGACCAUAAAACUAUUGAAUUGUCAUUAAGGAACCAGCUGGUUUUUAUUUUAAAUGUUCUUUAGGAAAGCAAAUUGGCUAAAUGUAGCUGACUUUAUUCAGUUGCACAAUGGUUUGUUCUAAAGUUCUUCUUCAGAAAACUACUUGCCACAGCAACUGAAGCUGACCAAAAAGUCCAUGAUACCAACUUCCUCAGUCUUAAAGAUAGUUGGACGAAGUUCUCUGAGAACGCUGUUCACCUUGUGGUCACAGCAGUGUGCUUUAUACACGUCCUCUUGGCUGGUCAGUGUUCCGGGGAAGGGCUCUAGAUCUUAGGGGUGUGCAGUGCGGGUAGAAGAGAGUGGAGUUCCCAUCUGCAAAGAUGAGCAAGAGAUGCACUGCAAGCACACCACCCUUCCUUUGACUGAUUUUGGAGCAGGACCUCGAAGGCUGGCUCGGUAAAUAGAAGAUAAAUGUUGCCCCCAUUGUGACAUUUGACAGACCUGAUUACAUGUCUCAGCAGUUCAAAUUACUGGACUCUGAGGGAGUAAAUCAAACCUACAUGGGAGAAAAUUCUGGAAGCGCACAGCAUCUGUGGAAAGGAAUCAUCAGAACAGAAGGUUCUUCACCCUGAAAUGUGCUUUUCUGCUUUUCUUUCAAGUUUCCAGUAGCUGCAUUUUUUUUCACUUCCCAUCUUGAUAAAACCUUUCAAGUUCUGUAGGAAGUGACAGGUUAAAGGACUUUGCUGGGCCUUCUGAGUCACAGAGUGACAUCCAUUCACAGCCUGAUUAAAGUGUGGAAUUUAAAACCUGUCCGUUUAAUUAUUCAGUGGGUCUCCAGAGUAUCUACUGAUCUAGCAGCUAUCAGAGCCAUGGAUGUCGCUCCUGUCCUCACUAACCUGAUGAUCUACCAGCAUCUCAUUUACAGUUCCUACUGCUCCUCUCCCCUUUAAGAAGCUCCUUUUCAAGCAGGUUUUUGGCUUAACAUCAGCUGCUCUACUUGGCUGUCAGGGCUUUUGAUAACACUGCCAUGGAGUACAUUGAAAGCUUUCAGGAUGGUAAAACAACACAAAAUUGGAUGUAAAUUUGA